GCAGCGCGCAGGCGCGUCCCCGGCAGCCAGGCGGGUCCCGGCCGGGCGGAGGCCGCGGCCAAGCCGGGGGCUCGCGUAGAUGUCCAGCCCGGGCCAGGCGUCGCCUGGGCCGGCCCCGGCCGGGGACCUGCCGCCCGAGUGGGAGACGGACGAUGAGCGUAUGGCUUUUUUGUUCUCGGCUUUCAAGCAGAGCCGCGAAGUGAACAGCACCGAGUGGGAUAGCAAAAUGGCCUUCUGGGUCGGGUUGGUGCUGGCCCGCGGCCGUCGACGCGGUGCCGUUCGUACCUGCCUACGAGAGCUGCAACAUGGCUUCGAACGGCGCGGUAGCGUCCCGCUCGGCCUCGGCACCGUCCUCCGGGAGCUCCUCAGACGUGGCAAGAUGCAGAGGGAGUCAGACUUCAUGGCCAGUGUAGACAGCAGCUGGAUCUCCUGGGGUGUGGGAGUGUUCAUUUUGAAGCCCCUGAAGUGGACUCUCUCCAGUGUGCUGGGUGACAGUAAAAUACCUGAGGAAGAGGAAGUUCUGAUUUAUGUGGAGCUGCUUCAGGAGAAGGCAGAGGAAGUUUAUCGCCUGUAUCAGAACUCUGCACUCUCUUCUCACCCUGUUGUUGCCCUCUCAGAGCUGCGUUCCCUCUGUGCCAGUGUUUGUCCAGAUGAAAGGACGUUCUACUUGUUGCUUCUCCAGUUGCAAAAGGAAAAGAGGGUCACGAUCCUGGAACAGAAUGGAGAGAAGAUCGUGAAGUUUGCCCGAGGCCUUCACGCCAAAGUCUCCCCGAUGAAUGAUGUGGACAUUGGAGUGUAUCAGCUGAUGCAGAGCGAGCAGCUGCUGUCACAGAAGGUGGAGUCCCUUUCCCAGGAAGCAGAGAAGUGUAAAGAGGAUGCCCGGAGUGCCUGCAGAGCUGGCAAAAAGCAGUUGGCACUGAGAUGUUUGAAAUCCAAACAAAGGACAGAGAGGCGCAUCGAAGAGCUUCACUCCAAGCUGGACGCUGUGCAGGGGAUCUUGGAUCGUAUCUAUGCCUCCCAGACUGACCAGAUGGUAUUUAAUGCCUAUCAGGCUGGUGUGGGAGCUCUGAAACUGUCAAUGAAGGAUGUUACUGUGGAGAAGGCAGAGAACCUGGUGGAUCAGAUACAAGAGCUUUGUGAUACUCAAGAUGAAGUAGCCCAGACUCUGGCUGGAGUGGGGAUCAGUGGUCUAGCAGAGAUGGACACUGAGGAACUUGAAAAGGAGCUGGACAGUCUCCUCCAGGACUCGACUAAGGAGCCUGUAGAUCUGCCUCCUGUUCCCCAGAAGAUGCAGAAUCUUGAAGAUGAAUUGGAAAAGCUCUCUGUUUCUGAUGGAGAUUUGCCACAAAAGAAUCCCUCUGCUUCCACUGAACCCAAAACAGCUCUGGGACUGAAUCUCUAAAGACCCAACAGUGUCCUGUUGCUGCAGUCUGAGAAGUUUUAAGGUUCCUUAACUAAUGACUAGAACUUCUGGGGAGAGGGGUAACUCUCCCCUGUUCUUCACGGAUCUCACUUAACUCAGCAGCAGGAUCUCCUGCCAUGACAAUCCACUCUGGAACUGGCCCCAGCUGGUGUUUGUCAUCUCUGUGCCAACAUCUGCACUGGUCUCAAUUUGACUUGUGAUCCCAAGUCACUCUGCUACAUCCAGUCUUCCCUUCUGGGAACACAGUUCACUCUUCUGCCCAGUGAAGAUAAAUCUCUUCUGUGUCCAUAACAGCACUCGGUUCCUUGGGUUUGGUUUUUUUCCCUUUGCUGUGGCUGAUGUUGAGAUUCUGAGUUUGCAGAGGUAUUGCAGUUGCUCAACAUUUGGCUGUUUUGUGUGGUUGUUUAAAACACUUGGCACAUAAUUCCUGUCCUUGACAUAACUUAUCUUGCAACGAGCUUAAACACCUGUUGAUAGUUCUAUCCCUCCCUGUCUGUAUUUUUGCACGGUCGUGGACAACUAGACACUGUAAGUGUUAUUGUAGGAGAUUUUGUUGCUGCUCUAGAGGGCAGCAAGUGCAAGCACAAGACAAAAAGAAUUCCUCUUUCUGUAAUGACACUAAGGCCUUAAAAGGGAGACCUGCAAGAGAGAUUUAAAUUGAGGAGUUUCUCGGGCUGCCUGUCGUGACGAAGGCUCGUGGUCACUGUCACACCAUUUUCUGCUCGCUUCAACUUGAGAUUUGACCUGCUGGCUGUUUCUGCAUCUCUCCUGUUUGCCAGGCAUCUUGGGAGCUGCAGGAAGAUCUGCUUCGAGCUCUUGUCCUGGGUGAUUCAGGGUGGGGUGAGAAGGGAUGCAGCAUUUUCCCUUUAAGGGCCCGCUUUCACGGACCAGCCUUGCCUUCGCCUUCAGCCUUGAUGUUACAAUUCCACAAGAUGAUGGAGGGUAAAAGAAAAAGCCCCAAACCAAACCCUUUUAAGUGUUUCUAAUGCAACUCCCCCCCCCCCCCAAGCCCAGCAACUGAAGGUUUUUUACUUUAGCCAUCAGAAAUGAAGCUGUUGUCUUUUGCAGGUCCCUUUUUUAUUACGUGUAUGUACAUGGAAGAGCUGAAAGCCUGACACCUGCCAUGAAUCAAUGCAUCCAUUCAGGAGGGGAAUGUGCUCUUAACUGGGCUUUCUGCACACAGAGCCUGUGCUUGGCAGGGGAGUGACCAGCUCCAUGUCAAUGUAUAACCAGUCCUCAUCUCUCUGCACCUCUCCCUGACACAGAAUGUAUUCCCCUCACUGCAGGCUGCCUUCUGCACCAGCCGUGUGGGUAGCAGCUUGAAUGGUCAACCAGGGCUGGAGUUGUCAUGUCCUGUUAAUUAUUGGCAACCCAGCCUUAGCCCCAAAGGACCAGGGAAGGGUGCAGGUGUCAGUAGGGUGCUGCAUGGGCUCUGGCUUCAUUGUCACUCUGCAGGCUCCUGCCAGAGAAGGUGUGCUGUAGCCAGCUAGCAGCUCACCCAGGCUGCACACGGAGCUAUGUGAAAUGACUUGAAGCUCUCUAUUCCUUUCCUUUGUAAGUCAGCGGGAGAAAAACCACUGUGUUUUCUGCCUAUGUGUAAUAAAGGGGAGGAACCAGA